GGGUGCGGCGCACGCGCAAUGCAUCGCGCUGUGCUCUGCGGCAGCGGUGCGGGGCACUUCUUCCGAGCGCGGCGGGAGGUCAAAAAAGGAACGAGUUGCACUCUCUGUAUGCAGAGGGGAACUGCACGCUGCUAAGAGCACUGUGAAACACCUCCAGACUUCACACUACCUGCCUUGCAACUGCUCUGCUUGUUAUUGAUAGAAAUAAAGAAGCAUUUAAAGAUGACAACCUCGUGGAGUGACCGACUCCAGAAUGCUGCAGAUCUCCCUGCAAACAUGGACGGGCAUGCUCUGAAAAAGUACCGCCGGGAAGCCUAUCACCGGGUCUUUGUAAACAGAAGUUUAGCUAUGGAAAAGAUCAAGUGCUUUGGUUUUGAUAUGGAUUAUACGCUUGCUGUGUAUAAAUCCCCUGAAUACGAAUCUCUUGGAUUUGACCUGACCGUAGAAAGAUUAGUUUCCAUUGGAUACCCUCAUGAGCUGCUCAAUUUUGUGUAUGAUCCUGCAUUCCCUACCAGAGGCCUGGUGUUUGAUACCCACUAUGGAAACUUGCUGAAAGUCGAUGCCUAUGGAAACCUCCUGGUGUGUGCACACGGCUUUAAUUUCCUCAGAGGGCCUGAAACACGGGAUCAAUAUCCGAACAAAUUUAUCCAGAGGGAUGACACAGAUAGGUUUUACAUUCUGAACACAUUGUUCAAUCUACCAGAGACCUACCUGCUGGCUUGCCUCGUGGAUUUCUUUACUAACUGUGACCGGUACACUAGCUGUGAAACAGGGUUUAAAGAUGGAGACCUCUUCAUGUCAUUCAGGAGUAUGUUCCAAGAUGUCAGAGAUGCUGUUGACUGGGUUCAUUACAAGGGAUCGCUCAAGGAGAAGACCCUUGAGAAUCUGGAGAAGUAUGUGGUGAAAGAUGGGAAGCUGCCACUGCUGCUGAGCCGCAUGAACGAAGUUGGGAAGGUGUUUCUUGUGACAAACAGCGACUACAAAUACACAGAUAAAAUUAUGACUUACUUGUUUGACUUUCCACACGGACCAAAGCCUGGCAGUGCCCAUCGGCCUUGGCAAUCCUACUUUGACCUGAUCCUGGUGGAUGCACGGAAACCCCUCUUCUUUGGGGAAGGCACUGUGCUGCGGCAGGUGGACACGGUGACUGGGAAGCUGAAGAUCGGUACCUACACUGGCCCACUGCAGCACGGCAUCGUGUAUUCGGGAGGCUCCUCAGACACAGUCUGUGACCUGCUGGGGGCUAAAGGGAAGGAUAUUCUGUACAUUGGAGACCACAUCUUCGGAGACAUCCUCAAAUCCAAGAAGCGACAGGGCUGGAGGACCUUCCUGGUGAUCCCUGAGCUGGCACAGGAACUACACGUCUGGACUGACAAAAGUGCCCUUUUUGAAGAGCUGCAGAGCCUGGACAUCUUCUUGGCUGAGUUAUACAAGCAUCUGGACAGUAGCAGCAAUGAACGCCCUGACAUCAGCUCCAUCCAGAGACGCAUUAAGAAAGUGACCCAUGACAUGGACAUGUGCUACGGGAUGAUGGGGAGCCUCUUCCGCAGCGGCUCCCGGCAGACACUGUUUGCCAGCCAGGUGAUGCGCUACGCCGACCUCUAUGCAGCCUCCUUCAUCAACCUCCUUUACUACCCCUUCAGCUACCUCUUCAGAGCCGCCCACGUCCUGAUGCCACACGAGUCCACGGUAGAGCACACACACGUUGACAUCAACGAGAAGGAGUCACCCAUGGCCACGCGCAAUCGCACCUCGGUGGAUUUUAAAGAUUCCGACUACAAGCGGCACCAACUGACCCGCUCCAUCAGCGAGAUCAAACCGCCCAACCUCUUCCCUCAGGCACCUCAGGAAAUCACACACUGCCACGAUGAAGAUGAAGAUGAGGAAGAGGAAGAGGAGGAGGAAGAGGAGGAGGAGGAAGAAGAAUAAGAAGGAAAAAGUAAAGCAUUUCUGAAGAUAAACCAUGACUCUAGCAGUGAUCAGGAGCAGAUUCCUAUGUUGGGGCCCUUGGGGUGAUGGGUUGGGGGUGUGUGAUUCCUGCAAAGGCACAUUUUGAGAGCGGCCGGAAACUUUCAACAAAUUAACACUAAUCAGGAGGAAACCUUUGUUUUCAGUUCUGCAGACGGUUCAACGAGCUGAUGGAUCUGCCUGGGUGGUGCGGUCAGAUGGCAGCGCCCGCCCGUGCUGUAAUGCUGCUCCCGUUCCAUUCGGGGAUGCUGCAUGACUUUUCCUUUCCCAUGAUGUGUUUCCAUUCGAACGAUGUCCUGUAAACGGUUUUUGCCAUUUGUUACAUUCACGUGGAGGAGGAAGGGAUUUGCUGAGCCCUGCAGGAGAUGCAACAAUCCAACUCCUGCUGUUUGGGUUGCCACCCUUUGCUCUCCUGCACUCAAAGCACCCCCGCCACGUUAGCCAGGGCGCUGCUGUGGCUUCCAGCUCCACGUCCACCCCUGCUUGCAGGAGUCUCCCUGUGAAUGGUUCAGUUCCUCCGUCCACCACAGAUAGCAGCAGGAUUUCGGCCCUUAGGUGCAUUUUGCAGCUGUACACAUUUUGGUUUGUAGGCGGUGUUGUCCCCUCCCUCUGCUUCACACUCUCUUCCAUCAGCAGCAUUCAGUGCCUGACUGCCAGCACGUUUCCCAAACAGCGGAGCCGCACGCUGUGAUUCUCAACUCAGCUCCUGUACUUCCAACAGUAAAUAUUAACCCCACAGCUUCAAGCUACCGCUUUAGCAUUACAUUAGUCAGCUUGUCUUCCUCACUGCCUGUUCCUGACCCUUCUGUCUGCUCAGUGUCCCAAAGACAAAACCAGCCACGGUGAAGGGCCCGGUCUUCCAGGGUGCUGCGGGGCCACGCAGCUCUGCCUGCAAUAGGAAACAGCAUAAGCCACAGUGCUGCAGGAGGCCCUCAUCCGCCCACAGCUCCAUUGCCUUUGGCCCGGUGUGGAGCACAGCGAGGGCCACGUCCUGGCUGAGGGGUGACUCACGGCUGCCAUGUGGGAACUGGUUGUGUGGCUGAUGGUGCAGCUCUGCCAUCGCUGGUCUUUCUUUGUGUUGUGGGUGCAGCUUCCCUGAGUGCAGCCUGUGCCGUUCACAUGUGAAGGGAUUACAGUGGGAGCCUCUUGUAAUGAAUUUGACUGCUGUUUCAGUACCAUAAGCGCAUUUAAUCUUCUUUUUUUUCUUUUUUUCCCCCCAUUUUAAAGUACCUUAGGAGAAAAUAAAAAUAAUGCACACCACCACCCUCUGAGCAGGAAACGCUGCUACUGAAGUGGCAGUUCUUCAAGUCAAUAAACAGUGAUGUUUCUAAGAA